AUGCACUCUAUGUAUUUUUAUCAUCAACUGAUUACAAGAGAUUUCAUUUUAAAAACUCCAGUCAAAACAAUUUAUGAUUGCCCAAAAAUCACAAAGGGGACGGUCAGCUUAUCUCACAAAUUUAUUAGUGCAGAGAAACUUGUUGUCUUACCUUAUUUUGUAGCACUUCUUCUUUGGACUGGACAACGCCCAACACUUAUUCGAGCAAAAAAAUCUGUUGCAACAUUUGGUCUGAAAAAAAGUGCUCCAUUUGGUUGUUUCGUGACUUUACGAAAAGAUUCGUUGGCACACUUUGUGGACAAACUUUGUCUUGCUGUCUUCCCAAGACUGCAACAAAAUACGCCAGAGAGUUUCCUCUCGUUCAACAAAAAUACAGUUAAUUUUGGACUAGAUGCAUUUUUGAAAUGUACCGAAAUUCAACCAAAUACAGAUAUGUUUGACUUUUUAGAGGGGUGUUCGUGUAGUUUUGUCACAUCGGCAUCGACGGUGCAUCACACGCAAUUGUAUUGCAGUGGAUUGCAUUUUCCAGUCUUAAAAAAAAAGAAAAUUAAUGGCAAACUUUGA